UUACUUCUAGGUUACUUUUCAUCAUGAGUAACAUCACCUCCUGCACAGAACCUCAGAACCUUGUUUCUUCCAUUUUAAAGCCUGUUGUCAUUUUGGAGUUCAUCUUUGGGUUGCCUGUAAAUGUGUUUGCUCUGUGGAUUUUGUUCUUCAAGUCUCCAUGGAAAGCCUGCAAUGUGUAUCUCCUCUGCUUGGUGAUAUCUGACCUGCUACUCCUCACUGGACUGCCUUUCCAAUUAGAUUACCUCUUUCGUGGUGAUGACUGGAUAUUUGGCGAAUCCUGUUGCCGGCUCAUUUUAUACAUCUUAUCAGUAAACUACUCGGCAAGUAUGGCUUUCAUGUCAAUUUUAGCCGUGGACCGCUUCUUCAGGAUCCUUCACCCACACCAUCGCAUUUGUCGAAUGAGUGUGAGACAAGCUAUAAUGUUUGCUAGCAUGGUUUGGAUGGUUGUUCUACUCCUUCGCCUUCCAACCGCCCUGAACCUGGUUCUCACAUCACAGAAAAACUCUUCAAAGCUCACAUGCCACACUUUUCUCUCAUGGACAUCGCCGUUGGUUCAGAUGAGGAUAUAUAAUUCAGUCCAGCUGAUAGAGGUCCUGUUAGCAUUUGCACUGGUGGUCUUCUGCUUUGUGCGGGUUUCCUUUCACGUCCAUGGCCACCAGUCGAAGGGGGCACACCGCAGGGUGAAGCGGGCAGUGAGAUUGCUUCUGUUUCUUGUGAUCAUAUUUGUUCUGUGUUUCCUGCCUACAGUCACUUCUGGCAUCUUCCUUCAAGUGUUUUCCUGUUCAGAACUCCUCAUUGUGUGUUUUCAUACUUCUUUAGCUUUAACCUACAUGAACAGUGCACUGGAUUCAGUCAUCUACUGCCACAUUAAUGCUUGGUUUCGUGACACCCUAAAGGGCAAAACCAACUCAUUGGGGCUGACGAAGUUCAGGAUGAGUGCGAAAACGAACAGAAAACGUUAAUCUACCUGAGAAACUGUGCAUU